CAAGGAGCGAGAAGAAUUGAGUAACAGAGUUUGUGGAGUUUAGAAGAGAGAACAUCGUCACCAACAGAUCGCCAAAGGGGACCGAUGCAGGCGUCCCUUCAGUAUGUGCUGUUCUUCAUGGUGGUUGACACCUUUGCAAAAGAAACGCCCUCCAUGACUCUGAACUCCAGGCUUUACCCGAAUGGGUCGGAGGUCGAGUUGGCAGCUGGUUCCUCCUUCACCCUGUAUUGUCAUGGUAACGGUUCCGCCGGAGGCUGGUCCAGCUCCGCCUUCUCGCUGCGUUUGAGAGACUCCUUGGGCCCCACCCUGGAGGUCGGACGCUCAAAACCCCGACACACGGGCACGUACCGCUGUGGGGACGCCUGGAUCCACCUCUACGUCAGAGACUCAGCCAAUCCUGCCAGUGCGUUCGAGGUUCCCAAACGUAUACCGAACCUGGAGGAAGGGCGGGACUUCCUGUUGGAGUGCUUGGUGACCGACCCGUCCUUCAGCCAGCUGACGCUCCGGCGAGAGCGAGAGCCGGGCGGGCUGCCUCUGGGCAUGGUGGUGACCUUUGACCCCCAGCGAGGCGCUCUGAUCCGGAACGUAAGCCCGGCCUUCAGUGGGAGCUACGUCUGCUCAGCUCAGAAGGAUGGCCAAGAGUUCACCUCCAAGCCUUUAUACCUGGUGGUCACCGGGUUGCGUGAUCUACCCGUCGUCUCCAUAGGUCAGGAUUCUUUUAUUCGUGUCGUGGGAGAGAGUUUGGAGAUAACCUGUCUCACAACCAACCCCGAUCACAGAGUCUCUGUUACCUGGACACACACGCACCUACAGGGGCUGGCCCUGACGGAGGGACAGGAGUAUAAGGACAAGACGUUCUACAAGAACCUCACGCUCACACUGCCCGCGGUCCAGGGGCGGCACGGCGGUCGCUACACCUGCACGGCCAAAAACCAGGCUGGCGUCGCCACGGCAACCGCCAACCUGACUGUCGUCGAUGCUCCUUACCUGAGGGUCUACCUCCUGCCUGUUCGGCAGGCUAACGUUAGCACCGCGCAGAUGACUGUGAGGCUGGUGGUGGAUGCUAGCGCUAACUCGACCUUUAGCCCCAGCGGGGCUAACGGUAGCGCGGGGGCGGCGCCUAGCGUGGUGGAGGUGUGGGAGGGGCGGGACGUGAGGCUGGCCUUCCUGACGGAGGCGUACCCUCCACUGCGGCACCGUCAGUGGGACACACCCUGGCUGAAUAACACCUCGCUCCAGGAGAGCACCAUCAGCCAGCCCGACAGGUUGGAAUCGUGGCUGCUUCUGAGAAAGGUUAGAUUUGAGGACCGGGGGAAAUACACAUUCUGCUUCUCUUCUCUGGUUUCCAGUGGCAACCGUACCAUCGAUCUCCGGGUUUACAGAUCCCCUACCGCGGUGAUCAAACCGAACGGGAAUCAAACUCUCGUCUGCUCCAGCUCAGGAUAUCCUCUGCCCGAACUCCACUGGUACAGAUGUCCUUGGAUCUCCGACACCUGUGGGGAUCAUCCCACAUAUCAGCUGUCAGAGGCCGACCAAUCAGGAGAGACCAAGGAGCUGAAUGGGGAAGUUCACAGGGAGCUGGCCUUGACGUUCAACGGUGAUAAUGUGACAGUGGAGUGCGUGGCCAGAAGCAAAAUGGGCGAGUCUCGUGUCCAGUACUACGUCCCUGUUUUGACCCUCCCUUCAAAGCAAGACCGUCCACCUCCCUUCUUCAACUCUAUUCUGAUUGGGUCCUCCAGUGCCGCUGUGCUUCUCCUCCUCCUCCUAUUGGCUCUCCUCUACAAGUACAAACAGAAACCUCGCUAUGAGAUCCGCUGGAAGAUCAUUGACGUUAACCAGGGCAACGAGUACACCUUCAUCGACCCCACCCAGCUGCCCUACAACGACAUGAAGUGGGAGUUCCCCAGAGAGCAGCUACAGCUGGGCCUGGUGGUGGGGGCGGGGGCCUUUGGGAAAGUGGUGGAGGCCACAGCCUACGGAUUGGGGGAGGAGGACAGCAUCAAGAAAGUAGCGGUCAAGAUGCUGAAACCCAGCGCUCAUUCAGAGGAAAGUGAGGCUCUGAUGUCAGAAUUGAAGAUUCUAAGCCACCUUGGUUACCAUGACAACAUCGUCAACCUGCUGGGCGCCUGCACCCGCGGAGGUCCCAUGCUGAUGAUCACAGAGUACUGUUACAACGGGGACCUCCUCAACUUUUUGCGUGGGCGGGCGUCCAUCUCAGCCGAAGAGGGGUAUAAAAACAUGGAGGGUAGCAGUCGCAGUGACAGUGGAAUCUCAUGUUCUGAAUACCAGGAAAUGCAGCAAGGUAACCAUCCUCACGGCCCACACACUCUCCAAGGUGAGGAGGACGGUAGAUUCAGUCUCCUGGAUCUCUUCCAGUACUCCUACCAGGUGGCCCAAGGGAUGGACUUCCUGUCAUCAAGGAAUUGUAUCCACAGAGACGUUGCUGCCAGGAACGUGCUGCUGACUGAGUUCCGCGUGGCCAAGAUCUGUGACUUUGGUCUGGCCCGCGACAUCACAGACGACGACAACUACAUUAUCAAGGGGAAUGCCCGGCUGCCAGUGAAGUGGAUGUCUCCAGAGAGCAUCUUCCAGUGUGUUUACACCACGCAGAGCGACGUCUGGUCCUACGGAGUUCUGCUGUGGGAGAUCUUCUCUCUGGGUCAGAGUCCGUACCCCAACGUGGUCGUGGACGCUCACUUCUACAAGAUGAUCAAAGCCGGCCGGCACAUGUCCAAGCCUGACUUCGCCACUGCAGAGAUAUACCAGCUGAUGAUUGGCUGUUGGAAUUUAGAGCCCACCCACAGACCAACAUUCACUGAGAUUGGCCAGUUGAUUAAGAACCUCCUCUCCACCAAUGAGGCACAGACGCAUCAAAAUGACCCGCGUUCAGACCUGGACAGAGAGCAGGGUGUUAGGACAGCCGACCAAAGGCUCAAAUCAGAGACUGAAGACGGCCCUCUACAAGACGUCUUUGAGGAGGCGGAUCCUCUUUUGAGGACGAAGAUGAGGAAGAACGUGUACCACUAAUAUGAAAUUAAUAUAUGAUAUGUAUAAAUGUGUUCUUAUGCUACAUAUUAUAUAUGAUAUAUAUUAACAGAUCUGUUAAUAUACUAUAUAUUACAUAAUAUAUAGUACAUGAUAUAGUAUACUUUAUAACAGAUACUAUAUGACAAUGUCUGUUAAUAUAAUGUAUUAUGUAUAAUACAUGAUAUAGUAUAUGAUAUACUUCUAAAAACUAUUUUAUACAUACAAUAUCACCAUGUCUGCUGAGAGAAACAUUGUAUACACUAUAUAAUUAUAAUAUAUAUUAUACAUAAUAUAGUCGACUAUACUACAGUAUAAACCAUGUAACAUCUUGCAUACAUUGCAAUUAUUUGGCAUUAUGACAUAAUACUACUAGUAUGUCAUCUUUAUUAUAUAGUAAAAACUUUUUUAUUAUUUAGGUAACAUUCUGCAUUAUUCUGCUUGAUUAUUUUAAUGUUUUUUUAGAUGUUUUUUUAGAAUUAUAAGGUGAUUUUGUGUUCAAAUCAUGAUGAGAACAUUAUUUUAAAUUGUCAAUUUCUUAAAUUAACUGAUGAUUAUAUUUACUUUAAUUGAUUUGAAAGAAUAGGAAAUGUUAACUAAAAAUAGAAAAUCUAUCUCUCUUUAACGAUUACGAUGACGAUGUGGACAGGGCCUAACUGUAACUGAAGGGAUGUGGGCGGGACCUAACACUUACGGUGUAGAGAUGUGGGCGGGACCUAACGUUACAGUUUUGGGUUGUAGGCGGGGCCUAACUCUUAAUGUGGAGAGAUGUAGGAGGGGCCUAACUCUUACUGUGUAGAGAUGUGGGCGGGACCUAGCUCUUACUGUGUGUGGUUGUGGGCAGUGCCGAACUACUCUGUGCGUUUUAAAUAUGAAUACUUAUAAAAGUAUUUUCAUUGAAAUUAUUAAAUAAUGUUGCCAAGUUUUUAUUAAACAUUUAAAAUCCAUACUAGACCAAGUGGGUCUAAGGUAAAGUGUCAGAACUGGGUCUAGGGUAAAGCAUCAUUACUGUCUAGGGUGGUAUCAUUACUGUGACUAGAGUACACUAUCAGUACUGGGUCUAUGGCAGAGGUUCUCAACCACCGGGCCGCGGACCAAUACCGGGCUGCUAAGGCCACAGGGCCACAGAGAUUAAGAAAUCAAGCAUUAUUUUUAUACGCUUAUUGCAUACUUGAAAACUGCUAACAGAUGAUGAAUAAGCUCAUCUUAAAUUUUUUAUUGCAUUGAUGUUUCAGUGUAUCAUAGUCGUGUUGUUUGACUAUUAUACUGUUACUGUCUAUUAAUAAAAUUGUGUUUAUAUUCUUAAUAAUGGUUGUACAGUAUCUGUGUUUAUUUGAUUAGAUGAGGCAGGUAUAUAAUGGUUUGUUUCCUGGUCGGGCCUGAAACAUACUGAAUGUAAAAUAUGCAUACUGGGCCUCAGUAAUAAAAAUAAAAGUAUCAGUGCUGGGUGUAGCGCAGUAUAUGACCCGGGAAGAGAGAAAACCAAGAGGAUUAAUCAUACAGAUGACAAAUAAUAGAAAUUUCAUUAAUUUACUCAUUUAUAUCCCUUAGCAUUCAGACCUGAAAACUUAACUCAUGUUGUGUCCCUUAGCGUUCAGA